GUUCUCCGGGUUCAGAACAUCGAAUUUGUUAAAUUUAGCAACGCAGGGCAAACGAUUAAAAAAGUGGUUGAUACGUUCAUUUAUUUAAAUGGCUUGUGGUAACAACGUAGAAGGAUUAAAAACACCGACUGGGACUGCAAAUACUCUUAUACCUAUUUUCAUGAACAUUCUGAGUAUAACUUGGGCAGUGAAUCCAAAAUGUAAUUAUUAUAAGAAUUUGGACGUUGGACAAAAAUUUCCUGUAUACAAUCAACAAUAUCCCAAUAACUAUUCUGCAGGUUACAAUUGUAAUUGGCAGGUUCAAAGUCCUAUUGGAUCUAAGAUAAUAAUUUCGUGCGAGAAUAUUAAUCUACCAAGUACUGUAGAAUGCUCUGGAGACAAGCUCAAAAUAUCGCCUACUGGAGACACUUCGUUUAGAGAUUCACGCAACUAUUGCGGUUCUGGAAAAAUUUCGCUUGUAGCUCAAGCAAAUCGAGUAGCAAUUGAAAUAGCAGCACAAGUAUUUUCACGAGGUGGAAGAUUUAUUUGUACAUUAACUGCUGUAAAAGAUAAUAAACCUGAGCCAGAACCUCCCAGUUUGACAAACUGUGACUGUGGAUGGAAAAGAGGAACAAAAAUCGUGGGAGGAGAAAACACUCUUGUAAAUGAAUAUCCCUCCAUGGCAGGAUUAGUCGACGUAGAAAACCAGGAGAUUAUUUGUGGUGGUAGUAUAAUUUCCAAUAGAUAUAUACUUACUGCCGCUCACUGCAUGAGGAAUAUACCAUUUAGAACUAUGGCUAUUCUUGUAGGAGACUGGAAUAUAACCACAGGAAUGGAUACUAAUGCGGCUGCUCUUUAUAGAACUGAAAAUUACUGGGAACAUCCAAAUUUUGACAUAGCUACCGGCCAAAAUGAUGUAGCAAUUAUCAGAACUCUUCAACCAAUGGCAUUUUCAUUAUUAGUAGGACCAGUUUGCCUUCCAUUCUUGUACUCAGACAAAACAUUUGAAAGAGAAAAUGUUACAAUAUUAGGUUGGGGACAAGUUAUUUUUAAUGGUCCGUCAUCGGAUGUUUUACAAAAGGUACAAGUAGGAGUGAUACCAAACUCAAGAUGUCAGGGAUCAUUUCGAAAUUCAAGCGUAUUCAACAGUCAGAUAUGUACCCUGACUGCAGGUAAAGAUUCUUGCCAGAUGGAUUCAGGAGGCCCUCUUUUAUGGUUAGAUCCGUCCACUUUAAGAUUACAAUUGGUUGGAGUUGUAUCUUUGGGAUAUGGUUGUGCUACAAAUAGACCUUCCAUUAAUUCUCGAGUAACCAGUUUUUUAGAAUGGAUCGUCACUGUUGCAUCUGACACCAACUACUGCAUCAAAUAAACCAGAAAUCUCUACCGAAACAUAUCGUCCGUAGUUCAUAAUGUAAAAUAGUAACUUUUAAAAUAAAAAUGAUUUCCCAUA